AAUGAUUUGCCCCAUGUCGGUGGGGCGCACCAUCACAGGCACCUUGUUAGCGCAGUCAGAUCACGAGCCGGGAGAACGUCUCGAUUAUUAUCAGAUUGGUAAUGUUUGAGAUCUGCCAAGACUUUGCUUCUCUCUUUCUUCCUUGGGUCCAUUUUCCUCCAGGUUGGUACAAAUGUAGAACUUCUGCUCCAUGUCUUGAAAUUUGCUCCUUUCGUUCAAGAGGUCCCGCAAGCCACAGGACGCGAGGAGCUGGGAGCGACGCUGUCUCUUCGUCCACUUCCACACGGCGCCCGUCCACCCUCCUCCAUUUUUCACAGACAAAGCUCCCCUUGUCUGUCAUCUCUCUCUAUUCUUGUCUCUCGGUUUUCUCAAGUUGCAUAUCUGCAUAACUGGAGCAUUGGUAUACUCCCCCAGACAUCCUCGGGACGAGACGGCAUACUGCAGCGGACAGCCCCGG